AUGGCCCCGCCAACACCCCUCGCCAUCGCCACGAGCUCCGUCAACCGGCUCCUCAAGGAGGAAGCCUCGUACCACAAGGAGGUUGAACAAGAGGAGGCUUCUAUCAAGGCCCUGAAGGAAAAGAUCGAGAGCGGACAGGGCGAUGAGGACGGCAAUGGCACGUAUAUGCUCAAGCAGCAGCAAACCGCCCUGGAACAGACCAAGGCCGUCUUCGAGCCCCUACGAAAGAAGAUCGUCGCCGCCGUCCAGAAGCUGGAAGAGCAGAUCACCGUGAGCGAGCAGACCGGCGGACAAGAGGAGCAGGUGCAGCUGGCCAAGGAGACGUUGGAGAAGGCCAAGGCAGCUCAGAACGGCGCAUAG